AUGUUUGAAUUAAAGGAAGAAGAGAAGUACAAAGAAAUAACUGAUAUUGUUAUAAACUUUUAUUUAAAUACAUUUUGCAUUAAAUGUGGUUAUGAAACCAAAAAAUUAAAGCGUGACCACCUUGUCAUAUGUAAAUUUUCUUUGUGUAGGUAUAGGUUUUCUAUAUUUAAAGGCACAAUUUUUGAAGACGCUCGUCUCCCAAUUAUCACCGUAGUCAAAAUUUUAGAUGUGUGGUUAGAAAGUGUGCUUUUUAGUUUAAUUGCCAAAAUAUCCAAUGUUCGCCACCGUUAA